GGGGGGGUACCUGUCCCGGGGCGGUGCUCGGCCCGCCCCUCCGCCGCCGCCGGUGUCCCCGGCCCAGAGGGGGGGGGCGGCGGGGGGGCGGGGUGGCCGGGGCCAGCCCCGCUGCUGAGCCCUCCCCCUCCCCCGCCCGCCGCCUUUUCCCCGCCGCCGCCGGCCGCCCCGCGUAUCCCUGCGGAGCUCGGGGCGGCGGCGGCCCGCCGCCGGCCAUGGCCGUGCCCGCCGCGCUGCUCAGCCCCCACCACCUCCUCUCCUUCUGCUUCCCCGCCGCCGCCGGCGGCCUGCUGGGCUAUGCCGACCUGGAGAAGGGCUACGAGGGCGGCGGCGGGGGCGAGGCGGGGGACUUCAAAGAAGCCACCCGGGACCUGCUGAGCUUCAUCGACUCGGCCUCCAGCAACAUCAAGCUGGCGCUGGACAAGCCGGUGAAGUCCAAGCGGAAGGUGAACCAUAGGAAGUACCUGCAGAAGCAGAUCAAGCGCUGCACCGGCAUCAUCGCCGCCGCCCCGCCGCCGCCGCCCGCCCCGCCGCCGCCCGCCGCCGCCUCCCCGCCCGCCGCCUGCCCCGCCAAGCCCCCGCCGCGCCGGGAGGCCUCGCAGGCGGCCAGCAGCCUCCAGAGCAAGAGCCUGGCCGCCCUCUUCGGCUCCCUGCAGCAGGGCCGCGGGGCGGCGGGCGGCGGCGAGGCGGCGGGCGGCGGCGGGGCGGCGGGCGGCGGCGGCGGCGGGGCGGGCGGCCCGCGGAAGGUGCCGCUGCGGGACCGCAACCUGCCGCCCUCCUUCUUCACGGAGCCGGCGCUGCCCGCCGCCGCCCGCGGGCCGCCGCCGGCCGCCAAGGAGCCGGAGAAGGGCGGCGCGGAGGCGGCCGAGUUCUUCGAGCUGCUGGGCCCCGAGUACGGCGCGCUGCUGCCCGAGCACGCCGCCCCGCCGGACGCCUUCCCCGGCGGCGGCGCCCGCCUGCCCGCCGAGCUGGGCCUGGAGCACGGCCUCUACGAGGCGCCGCUGCCGCUGCCCGCCGCCCACCACCCGCUGCUGGGCGGGCUGCUCUACCCCGAGCCGCCCUGGAGCCCGGCCGGGCCCUGCAGCCCGCCCAAGAAGGCGCCGCCCGAGGCGCUGCGCCCGCUGUACCCGGCCGGCGGGGAGCCGGGCCCCGGCGGCGGCGGCGAGGAGCCCGGCGGGCACCUGCCGGCGGGGUUCGCCCCCUUCUUCCCCGAGUGCCCGCUGCCCGCCCCGCAGGUGCCCUACGACUACGGCGGCGGCUACCCCCGCGCCGCCUACCCCGGCCUGUAGGGCAGGGCCGCGGGGCCCGGCCGCCGCCCGCCGCGCCGCCGGGAGGGGUUGGGGCGGGGGUGAGGGCCGGGGCGCGGGCGGGCCCACGCCGGGGCCUGGCGGACGCUCGGGGGGCAGCCGGGACCUGCCGUGCGGCUGGGGGCUGCGCUCGUCCCCGCCGCGCACCCAGGGCCGCGGCUGCCCGCAGGGCUCGCCCCGCCGGCCCCGCCGUGCUGCGGGGCGCGCUGCAAACACGGUGUGAGGCGCUGGGUCCGGCGGGCAGGCCUGUGUCUGGCGGCCGGGCCCACUCCCCGGUCGCCCCCCGCCGGGCUCCCCCGGCCCGGGGUGCGCGGCCGCCCGGCUCAUCUCGGCAGGCACUCCAUCGUUCCAGUCCAAAACCACAGCUCGGUCAAACUCUUCGUGGGAUGCGGUUUAAAAUUUUCCCCAGCUUGGCCUGCAUCGCAGGCGCCGGUGGGAUGUUCGGCUGAGGACAUGAAGGCCAGGGGGUGAAAAAAAAAGAAAAAAAAAAAUUAUUCAAGCAAAAGCGUUUUGCUGCUACCGAAACUUAGUGUCCCGAAAUUUAACAGUGCCUCGCAGGAUCUCGCCGACAGCCAUUCAUAGCGCUACGUAAAGUUAAUUGACGGCAUAAUUUGGGGACAAAAACGUACCGAUCGCAGCCGCUACGGCGAUGCGGCUCCUGCAGACCCUUGGAUUUCUUCCAGGAAUGUGUCGAAGCUCGGAAAGCGACGCGGCUCGGUUUCAUUGUGUACAGGAGAUUAUUUGAUAAUCAUUUAAGUUAUGUAAAAGAGUCUAUGAUAGGUCCUAUCGAAAUAAAGCUACACAAUAGAUCUAAAGGUCUGUGGUUGUUACUGCCCUGGAAAUGCAGCGGUGGAGGGGCUUCCACCGCGCCCCCCGCCCUCUGUAAGGGUUUCUUGGCAGGAGUUAAGACGGGCCGAGGGUUUUGUCUGUCCUAGAUCUUUUGAAAUGCCAGUGUUUUACCCACAGCACCCCGUGCUUGUUUUGCCUUCGUUUGUACCCGGGUGUUUCUUUAACUUCCUAGAAAGAAAGGAAUGAUCAUACGCUACAAAGCCAAGGGAUGAAAACUGUUACCGUUAUGAAAACAGAUCAAAAUACUCGGGAGUUUUCCUAUUGUGAUGUGAAUCUCAAAAGGCAAUCCCGCAGCCGGGCUCCUUGCCAGGCCCAAGCGGGCUGUUUGUUUUUGAAACGGGAUCUACAUACGGAUCAGCCUGAGGUUUUACCCUCAGCCGUGACAAAUCCAUGUGCCUUCUGUCUUUUAAAAGAUAACGUGAAAGG